AUCUAGUGAUCUGAAUGUUCAUUUAUAAAAAAUUAAAUAAAAAAUAAGUAGGCUAGUAUGACUUAGGCAUUUAAUGUCAGAAAUGUUUUGCCAAGCUAUCUCCCUUGACUUGUCAAUUGCGGCAGUAUUGCCCUUUUUGGUGAUGACUCCUAUAAAUUCUUAAUAAAGUCCCAUCGGCAUGGUUUGUUCCGCUGUUCAGAAGGUCACCACUCUAGUUUUCGCUUCUUUUUUGCGAUAUUGUAUCUGCAUUUCGAUGAUCGCUUAUUUUGGACUGCUUUAAGACACGGCUAAAUUGUGUUAAUGGAACUGCUUGAGCCCAAAGUGGAAGUUGGCGUUCAUUCAAACCGGGCUUUUUCAAUUAAGCGAGGAUUUCAUUAGCGGUGUUGAUAGAAUACCCCCCAGGUGUCCCUGUGGUUACAGGACCGGGCAUGUCAGUGCCUUCCCUGAGCAAACGUUUUUGAGGACUAUGCUUAUUGCCGGACCACGUAAGCGAAGCCGGCCAAGAAGAGCGAAUGUCUCUUACUGAGAUUACGCUAGAGAUUAUGACACUACAACCCAAGUGUGAGGACGUUGAGACUGCAGAGGGGGUUGCCAUCACUGUCACUGGGGUGGCACAGAUCAAAGUAAUGACAGAUCAUGAUCUUCUGGCAAUUGCUUGUGAGCAGUUUUUGGGCAAAUCUGUCCCCGAAAUCAAAGGAGUAGUUUUGCAAACCUUGGAAGGACAUUUACGCUCAAUUCUAGGCACACUGACAGUGGAGCAGAUUUAUCAGGACAGGGACAAGUUUGCUCAGCUCGUGAGGGAGGUGGCUGCCCCCGACGUGGGCAGGAUGGGCAUUGAGAUCCUAAGUUUUACCAUCAAAGAUGUCUAUGAUAAACUGGACUACCUGAGUUCGUUGGGGAAGACCCAGACCGCAGCAGUCCAGAGGGAUGCAGACAUCGGUGUGGCUGAGGCAGAAAGAGAUGCUGGGAUAAGGGAAGCAGAGUGCAAGAAGGAGAUGAUGGAUGUCAAAUUCCUAGCUGACACCAAAAUGGCUGACUCCAAACGAGAACUAGAACUCCAGAAGGCUGCUUUCAACCAAGAAGUCAACACCAAGAAAGCUGAGGCCCAGCUGGCCUAUGAACUGCAGGCAGCUAAGGAACAGCAGAAAAUCCGUCUGGAGGAGAUUGAGAUUGAGGUGGUUCAGAGGAAGAAGCAGAUCACCAUAGAGGAAAAGGAGAUUGACCGCACAGAGAAGGAGCUCAUUGCCACUGUGAAGAGGCCUGCAGAGGCUGAGGCAUACAAGAUGCAGCAGCUGGCUGAGGGGCAGAAGAUGAAGAAAGUUCUGACAGCCCAGGCAGAGGCAGAAAAGAUUCGUAAGAUAGGAGCGGCAGAAGCUGGCUCCAUUGAGGCUAUAGGGAAAGCUGAGGCUGAGAAGAUGAGGCUGAAGGCUGAGGCCUACCAGCAGUAUGGAGAAGCAGCCAAGACGGCUCUGGUCCUGGAGGCCCUGCCCAAGAUUGCAGCCAAGGUGGCGGCACCUCUGGGCAGGACCAAUGAGAUUGUCAUCCUGAGUGGGGAGGGCAACCGUGUGACGGGCGAAGUGAACCGCCUCUUGGCAGAACUUCCUGCCUCAGUCAACGCCCUCACUGGAAUUGACCUAUUAAAGAUCCCACUACUGCAGAGGAUGACUGAUGCUCAGGCCUGAAAACAAUCACUCCCUUCUACUCUGUUAUGCUGCCUUCAAUACACUUGAAAUGAUUUUUUGAAAUAUAUGAAUAUAAAGUGGAUUUUUUUAAACCUCUGGUGCCUUAAUUUCUACAGGACCAGAAUAUCUGCAUGUACUGCUGCUCCUUUGUAUACUGUAUGUACCUGUUCAUUUCACUACUUUCUGAAUCACUGAAGCUUUUUACAAUAAGUAGUUAACAAAGGAUGCAUUGUCAUUCAGCAUGAAUCUUUUUUUAACACAUACAGGUACAUCUAAAAAAAGUAGAAUAUUGUGGAAAGUUCUAUUUUUUUUUUUCGUUAUUCACAUCAGAAAGCGAUACCUUCAUAUA